CGAUCGUGAAACACUAUGAAUAGAACCAAAGCUCCAGGUCAAGACAUAUUCAACGGAGUGUCUCUCGGCUAGUUCCGACAAGGAGUUUGCCUGGCUUCGACUCCAUCGCAAUAUGGCCGUAUCGCCGUACACACAACCCCCAUUCUCGGAGCAUCGUGCCCGUAAAUCACACAUCAAUACGCCGCUUGAUAUAUUGUUGUAUGUGCUGCUGACGAAAGAUGGUACAAGUGUUUCCUUGACUCAUCAUCAUGCAAAUGAUGUUAAUUAUUAUGAUGCAACAAUCAACAAUAGUGAUAAUAUAAAUCCUCUGGAAAAAUUUUAUCUAAUCACUGAACAAAAGUGGCAUAAGGAUACACUAGUGCCAAUCUCCUUAUUGCCCUCUACGAAGGGAAUGCCUAUGAGAUCCCAUCACAGAGUCCGGCAGUCCGUGACAGGACUGGAUGAUGCUGGAAUGGAUCUCCAAGUGGCCCAACUCAAUAGUCAGACAGACAAGGAAGUACAUUCCAGGACGACUCUAUCAUGGCUAGAUUGGCAUUUGCCUUACUUUGUAGCGCUUUGUGCAAUCGCUGGCACUAUUCUUUUUACAUUCCUAAUCUUGUUAUGGCUGCGAAAACAAAUGUCGCGUGAAAAAGAUAACGAAAAUGGCGAUCGGCACGGUCUGGUCGAGGAAGGUGCCACUUGUAAGCCAGACAAAUCAACUAAAGAUGCAAAAGAAUCCGUGGAAGCUAAAUGGGUUCACGAAGCAUUCGCGAAGCAAUCUGCACCCAAGUACCCGGUACGACCAAUUCCACAGACCUCUUUACCCGAGUCUCUGGCAACGCCCGAACGUAAACCGGAAGCGAUACGUAUGAAAGCAAAAGGAUUGUUGGAAAGACGUGGUUCGAGCACAAGUUUAACCAUAGAACUGGCACCAGCUCCUGAAAGUCCGCCACAUAUGGUUACUCCUACCCGAGAAUGUACAACGGAAGAGUUUUUGCUAAGUGCAGGAAAUGUAUUAUCGAGAGCACAAUUGAAAAAAAUUAUCGAAAGUACGGGAACAUUACACAAAGAAUUUUGGGAAGUGCCACUAAAUCUACCGGAAAAAGUGGAUAUUUGUGGCUCAGGAGUGAAGAAUCGAUACAGCUCUGUUUUGCCCAAUCUACAAACGAGAGUGAUUCUACCAGGUUCCUCCGACGAUCCGCUCGCCGGUUACAUAAACGCUAACUACAUCCGGGGUUACGAUGGCGAAAAUGGUAGAUACAUCGCGACACAGGGACCAUUAGCUAACACGAUAGAAGACUUCUGGAAAAUGAUCUGGGCAGAAAAAGUUCCUGCAAUCGUCAUGAUAACUAGAUUGUACGAAGUGUCCAAACCAAAGUGCGAAGCAUAUUUUCCCUUUGACGUAAAUAAUCGCUUUCAAGCUGGAUCUUUCACAAUUAUCCUUAAUUAUAUCGAUACGAGAAACGGAUAUACCGUCAGAACUAUGGAGAUUCGACACGAAGGAGAAAGGAGACAUUUGCAACACUACUGGUAUGAUUCAUGGCCGGACCAUGCUGUACCUCAAACUGCAGAUGCGCUCGUUAGUAUGGCUGCAGAGAUAAACGCUUCGCCAAAACCAGUAGUUGUCCACUGCAGCGCGGGUAUAGGACGAACUGGUUGUUUCAUAGCGAUAGGAAUAGGAAUGAAUCAACUUAUAAGAGAUGGAAAUGUCGAUAUAUUGGGUAUUUUGUGCCAGAUGAGAUACGAUAGGGGAGGGAUGGUGCAAACGGCGGAACAAUAUGAAUUUAUUCAUAGAGCACUUUAUCUUUUCGAGCAGACACUGGAAAGCAAACCGUCGACUUCGAGCGACUGAAUGAACGUAUUACUAUUACUACUAUAUUUCUUUCGCUUAUUCUUUCGUGAAACGGGGCUUUAUUAUUGCCUAAGAGAAUGUCACUUCGCGCAGGGCUAUAUGCUUACCGCAAAAAAAUAUAAAUUUCUAAUGAAUCUCAAUGAAUCUCAGCCUGUGAACCGACGCUCUCAUUUUUAUCUCAAUAUUUCAACGAGUUCAAACUCGUUUAAUAAGCUGCCAUUUUCUACUGCCAUGACAAAUCGUUGACAAUUGAUAUCAAUCAUCACAGAGCUCAAGAGGUAAAAAAAAAAGGGUUCACCGUCGGAGUGCAUUUUCUAUAAGCAGGUGCUUUUUAAAACUGAGAUAUCACAAAUAGCUUAAUAAAAAGAAUAUUUAUGUUUAUAAUAACGCGCGAUAUGAAUCGUGCGGCACGUACGCUUAAAAAUUAAUAUUAUAUUAUUUUAUAUAAGUUAUGAAUAUAUAGUAUGAAUAUGAAAUAUAAUAUGAAUUAGAAAUAAUCUCUAAAUACGGCGAUAAUAUAUUCGCGAUUCGUAUCGUAAAAUUUAUAUCUAAAGAUCAGACAUUAAACUUGGGAU